AUGGUGGCAGCAUCCGUGGUUAUCGAGUCGGGAGUAUCGGUCAGCGGGUUCAUAUUACCUGAAGAUGGAGAAUUAAUUAUCGAAGACGUUAUUAUUGAACUAGGAGAAAAAUAUGGUGACAAUUGCACUGCUAAUGGUAAAGCAUUUUAUUUCGAAAAAUCUAUAUCCUCCUGGAACGAACCAGAUGUUUGGAUUUCUCCUAAAUUCAAUAAAGCAACUCCAGAUGCUGAAAGAAUUCCGUGCUAUGACGACGUAGUCGAAUUCCCUGAAAACACAACCUUCAUACUUAUUUUACCAGAAAAAACUCAAUAUGUACGCGACAUUGUCAUAAGUGGGAACAGGUAUGACACUGUUAGAUUAAGAAAUUAUAUUAAUAACCAAGCUGAUCAAACUCAAAGAUUUGUAGUCAACACACAUCAAGACGUUGGGGUUUCAGUUAAAUAUAGCAUAUGUCGUUCACCAAGCGGCUGUUCAUGUCAAACGAAUACUCUUGAAAUUGACUGUUCAACAAAGUUUUGUCCGGUACCUUUGUGUGUAGAUCCGGUGCAACCAAUCGGCCAUUGUUGUAAAAUUUGUGGCGGCAUCAUGGCAUUUAAUGUUGAUAAGAGUUUCGAUUAUAUCAAGUUCCAAGAAACUGUUGAAUCUGUUGUUAAUAGUUACGGAAAAGAUGAUUUAGUGUAUCAUAUAGGGAGAUUUGAUAAUAAAGUUCAACUGGUAGUAGUCGAUAAAAGUGAUUAUACUGGCUUGAGUGCUGAAGUAGUGAAUACAAUCGAUUAUCGUAUGGAUAAACGUUUUGCUCCACUCACACAAUACAGCGGAAGCCCUACUUCCAAAGCAGGAUACGGAGGGAAGAUAUUUAUUUCCAUGUUUUUCCUAGUGGCCUCUGUUUUGGGGAUUAUUUAUUUGUACUAUUACAAAAUGCCGCAGUUCCAUUUCCCAAUAUUUGUUCAUCCGAAUGAUCCGAGAAUAUUUACUAGAUUCAAUCGCAGAACUGAAAGUGUCGUUUCUCUGGCCAGAAAAGAUUCUAUCACGCCAACUGGAGCUAGUAGCAGUACAGCGUUCAGGAAUCCAUUGUACGAUUCAAUUAAGUCGAGAUCUCGUGUAGAGGAGUCCAUAGCGGAGAAUUAA